UUGAAGCGGAAGCUAGAUUGGUCCGACGCACCGCGCUCAGCUGUUCCCAUUCAUAGGCGACCGCUAUAAGGAGAACUCAUCUUGAAGUAACACUAACCAUCCGACUUAUCAAGCGUUCCCCCAUCAUUUCCAUAACAACGGACUGAUUAAGCAGCUGCUGUCCCUCUCCUCCCCCGCAGCACGUGCAACUGAAAGUGGACCCAGAGAGGCAUUAAGUGAGGGCACCUGCAUCUGUCCUGAAGAGCCCAGACCCCCCAGCACAGAGAGAAAGAGAGAGAGAGAGAGAGAGAGAGAGAGAGAGAGAGAGAGCGAGCGAGAGACCAUGAGCAGCAACUACAGUGUGUCCCUGCUGGGCCCUGCCCCCUGGGGCUUCAGACUGCAGGGGGGCAAAGACUUCAACAUGCCCCUCACCAUCUCCAGGCUGACUGACGGCGGCAAGGCGGCGAAGGCCAAGAUCUCCGUGGGCGACGUGGUGCUGUCCAUCGACGGCAUCACCACCGACGGCAUGAACCACCUGGAGGCCCAGAACAAGAUCAAGGCGUGCGCCGGCAACCUCAACCUCACGCUGCAGAAAGCAUCCAGUCUCCCCAAACCAGCUGCCGUGACAAAGGAGACUACAGUGACAAAUGGACCCCAGAGUAUCUUAAAAAAAGGCCCCUCCACAAGAAUCCCCAGAAGGCCGAUCAUCGAGACGGAUAUCGGAUUCUACCACGUCCCCACUCACAGCGACGCCAGCAGGAAACGCAUCAUGGAGGACACUGAGGACUGGCGUCCGCGCACGGGCACCUCGCAGUCCCGCUCCUUCCGCAUCCUCGCCCAGAUCACUGGCACGGAGAACGAGCCAACACAGGAGGCGGUGGACGCUGGGAAAAAGACAAACGAGGAGGUGGAGGAGCCUCUGGUCAACACCCACGGGACCUGUGCGGUCAAGACCAUGGUGAAGGGGCCAGCCGUCGGGUCACCCCGCAACAAUGGCAAUGGUGCCACCACCCAGGUCCUUGCCAACAAGAGCAGGGGCCACGUGGGCCUCAUCACCCCCACAUUUGGGGGUCCCAACAGCGGCCCUAAGGUCCCCGUCACGGACAGGCCCGUGCCCCAGGCGCACCCCAAGGACGAGGACUCGCUGGUGCAGAGGGCCGAGCACGUCCCCGCAGGCACCCGCACGCCCGUGUGUGCCCACUGCGACAAAGUCAUCAGGGGGCCCUUCCUGGUGGCGAUGGGCAAGGCGUGGCACCCGGAGGAGUUCAACUGCGCCCACUGCCGCACCUCCCUGGCCGACAUCGGCUUCGUGGAGGAGCAGGGCUCCGUGUGCUGCGAGCACUGCUACGAGGAGUUCUUCGCCCCCACCUGCGGCCGCUGCCAGGGCAAGAUCCUGGGGGAAGUGAUCAACGCCCUGAAGCAGACCUGGCACGUGCACUGCUUCCUGUGCGCCUCCUGCCAGCAGCCCAUCCGCAACAACACCUUCCACCUGGAGGACGGCGAGCCCUACUGCGAGAACGAUUACUACAACUUGUUUGGGACCAGCUGUCAUGGUUGUGAUUUUCCUAUCGAGGCUGGGGACAAAUUCCUCGAGGCCCUGGGGUUCACAUGGCACGACACCUGCUUCGUGUGUGCGGUAUGCUGCGCAAGUCUUGAGAGUCAGACUUUCUUCUCCAAGAAGGACAAGCUGUUGUGCAAGAAGCACGCCAACACCGUCAAAAUAUGAACCUCGGUCCUGAAGAGCUGCAGAGGAUCGGGGAGAGGCGGAGAGAGAGCGAGAGAGAGCGAGAGAGAGAGAGCACAUUCUUCUGUGUGAGAGGAAGAACCUUUUUAUUGUAAUGGACAGAGGCCUGGAUCAUCUAUCUUUUCGCUUUCACACUAAAGUAAGGCUGUCUUUGUUAAGUACCUUGUAAAUUCAGAAUCCAGACUCCUCUCUCUCACCCCUUAGACGCGUAGUUAAUGGAAGAAGCCACGGGUUGAAGUUCAGUUUUUUCAAACCAACUUUAGCCAAUUCAUCUUGCAGCUCACGCGGUGCAUUAUAGACUCAAUAUAAACAUUUUUACAAGGAGGAAAAAAAGGAAUUCUAAUUAAAGGGCUGUGUUUUCUCUCUAUCAACAGGGGUGGCUAGUUUCUCUACAGUUUGUUUCCAUUCCUUUCUCCCGAGUAAUUGAAUCACAGAAUUUGUGUAUAGUUCAUGAUAAUUUGCCGCCAUUUUUUUUUCUCUCCUCUGUGUGAAUGGCAUUCUUUAAACAUCGGAUAGAGAGCUUUUUUUUCUGAGGGGGUCAGGUCAAAGCUGGACUAGUCCAUCUAGCUGAAAGUCCAUCUGUGGCUACACCUCCUCUGUCCGCUGGAUGAAUGGAGCCCGUUGUCUGGGGUAACAGCGUUAAACAGCGACGCGGGUCAGAUCACAUGCGUCCCACGCACUUGAAAUGUGUGCUCAUAUCGUAAAUCCUCUCGGGUUCUUAUGCUCCAGCAUGGCUUUCAGCUCACUCUCUUACACAUCACCAUCGUGUGUGUGUGUGUGUGUGUGUGUGUGUGUGUGUGUGUGUAAAUGAGGGGGAAGCUAACAAUACGAACAUGAAUUAUGAAAACAUGUUGGAACAUGAAGAAAUGCAGGUGGCUAAAAUUUGGCUAGAGUUUAAAAUGGUCAGUUUCAAAUAAAAGUGGACAUUCAUUUUGAACUUGAGUCAAUGUCAGCACCAGGCGUUCUCCAGAGGCUUCAGAAAUGCACCCAGGUCAUUUUAGGCCUACUACAUUUUGGAUUCCUUCAUAAGAGAUGUGAUGUAAUACAAAGAAUGUGGGGAAACUUCAUUAUAUUAUUUAAUUGUCAUAUGGCAUAUAUAUAUUUUUUUUUCUCUUUCCUUUUUUUCUUUUGUCUCUAACACAAAAAUAACACACACACAAAUAAAGACACACAUGCACCACACUCACACAACCUAAUGACAACCAGAUAAUUAUACCUGUUUGGCUUAAUUUGCUUUCAUCAAGGGUAAGGGAGAGACUCAGUGUUUUCUUUUCAGAGUUAAAAAGUUAAAGUUUGUCAUAAACUAAUGAAAAUGCUGUGAUUACUUUCCAGAUGAUAAUGUAUUGCUAUAUUGUCAAAAGAAUAAAACAAAGAAAAAA